CAAUUUCAAUUGUCAAAGAUCAAAGAUUUAACUUUUCGCAAUUGCAAAUUUCUUUUUUUCUAAUUUAUUUUAUUUUUGAUAUCAAUUUUAUUACAAUUCAAUAUUAAUUUCUAUAAAAUGUCGGAAGAAUGGAAGGCGUACACCAGUGACACUAGAGUCGUCUGUAAAUACGGUACGAAAUGCUAUCAGAAAAAUCCAGAACAUCACAAACAGUACAAACACCCGCCACAACUUAGAGACAAAGUUAACAAACGACAAAACAACCGAUUUAAGCCUUACGACAAAGAAAAGAGACCUACCGUUAAGGCUCAAACGAGUGCAGAUGAUAUUGCUGCUGUUGAUAUAAACGUAAAUGAUGUUGAUCAACCAACUACAACCACUAAUCAAAUUGACGAUAAUAGUUCAGAGAACUCACACCAACCGAUCACAAACAUUGAAGAGGUUCCCAAAUAUCUCGUUAAAUCAGAUAGUGUUACUUUUCAUGACAAAGAUACAGAUCCUGGUAUAUUAAAAGAAUGUUUUCUAACAGAAAUGCCAGAUGACUUUUUUCAGUUUUAUAAAUGUCUCCAGGAAGAUACGGAAAACGUUGAGAAACUGCUGUCAAGUGUAAAUUUACAGCUCAUUGGCCCAUAUGAGCUAUUUUUAGGUAAAUUACCCAAAUUGGAUGAUAAAGACUUGUAUUUAAUACACUGGAGGUUUUUCUUUGAUCCACCAGAAUUUCAGGCUGUAUUGAAAAAAAAAGGUAAAAGUGAAUUCCAUAUAGGCUAUUACAGAGAUGACCCACAAGAAAAGCCUGUGUUUCUAGCUAAAAAUGACAGUUCUGCAAAUUAUACUAUUACUCCAGUUGCAGAAAAUAUCUUUGGGGCAGUUUACUCAUUCUUACAAAAUGAAAAGAAAACUUCACCAUUCAUUUCAAUAUCAUGUCAGAAAUUAAUGGAAAAAGUUAAGAAAUGGGCAGAUACACAUAACUUUUCUAUAGAGGAGUAUAAUAUAAAUAAAAAGAGAAUACCACAAAUUGUCUGUAGAACCUUCCACAGUGCAGGCAUUGUGGUGCCUUACAACAAGAAAACUCAGCUUGGAUACAGAAAAUUGGCUGAAAGUGAUGCUGAUAUCAAGAAAAUGUUCAAACAAUUGAAAGAAGCAAAGUCUCAGGCAGACAAAGACAAAAUUCUGUCUGAACUACAGCCAGUCAUUACUUAUGCCAGCAUAGCAAUGGACGAAUGUGAUUUUGGGACAGGUUUGGAAGCUGGCAUUGCCUUAUUUUGCUCUGGCCUGCCUGAGCUUCAAAAAAGUGCCCUAAAGAACCUAGAAGUAGCUUAUUCUUUACUGGGCAGAGGAGCUUUUAGUAAAAUAAUACAGAUGCAUAUGAAAUAUCGGCGCAAGGGCCCAGAGAUGUCCGUACUGGGAAAUGAUUGACUUGGGAUAUUUGAUUACAAAAUAAUAUUUUAAUUUUGUAAGUUCUGUUCAGUAUUAAAAAUAAACAACUGGUUUUUUGGUAA